ACGGGGAGAGCGGAGAGAGAGCACUUUCGCUUCGCACUGCAAACCCACACGCCGACUGACUCAGAAGGUAGAGAGACUUUCUGGAUAAAGGAUUGAUGCUCGGAUGCUCGGAUAUUGAGAGCCAGCAAAGGCCGUGAAGGCGGAUAUUCGCCGCGGUCGGUAGAUUGAUCGCAGUCGCGUCCGCCGUGCAAGAGAUGCACUCGGCAGGGCUGGCUGGUUGAAGGGUGGUUCUCUGAGUGCAAGCCGAGAAGAAGCCGACUGCCCCCCGCCCCCGCGCACACUGGCUCGGUGCAAGAGCAGCCCCCGCCCUGACACACCUCUGGGCAUCAGCCCCGACUGAGUCCUGCACCCUGCCCGACUCUGCAGCGCUGCCGAGCCGCCAGCCUCAUCACCCACACCAUCCACAGGUCGCAGCCAUGAAUCCGGUCCAUUCAACCUUCGUCUGCCUAUGUUUACACGUGUGGCUACUACGCUUUGGAAUCGAGGCCUCGUUGGAGGAGGACACGGACUUCUGGCCUCACGUGGAGAACCACACCAGGCUGAGGGACGAGACGAGCCGCAAGUAUGUGCGGCUGUACCAGCUGUACAGUCGCACUAGUGGCAAACACCUGCAAGUGCUGGGCAGGAGGAUCAGUGCCAAGGGCGAGGAUGGGAACAAGUAUGCCCAGCUCCUAGUGGAAACGGACACGUUUGGCAGCCAAGUGAGGAUCAAGGGCAAGGAGACGGAUCACUACCUGUGCAUGAACAAGAGAGGGAAGCUGGUGGGCAAGCUCAGUGGGAGAAGCAAGGAGUGUGUCUUCGUUGAGAUAGUGCUGGAGAACAACUACACAGCCUUAAUGUCUGCCAAGUACACAGGCUGGUAUGUGGGCUUCACCAAAAAGGGGAGGCCCAGAAAAGGCCCCAAAACCCAGCAAAACCAGCAAGAGGUGCACUUCAUGAAAAGGUAUCCCAAGACCCAAGGAGAAACCCAGGCUCCGUUUAAAUUCACCACCGUUAAUAAAAGAACUAAGCGAAUACGAUCUUCAAAAUCCAGUUAGAACACAUCACAACCCUGAACUGUCCCAGAGCAUUAUUUUUGCAUCAUUAUUAUUAAUAAAGAAAAGAAACCAAAGGAAGAAGAUCUAUUUUUGUAUAUCGUGCGGCAGGUUUUGGGGACAGCGGAGUUGUACGUAUUUGUUCCAACCCUUUUAAUGUAAUCAACCUGUCCUUAUUCAAAGGAAAGCUGUUGGUUUGAAAAUGUAAUUUGAAUAAAACGCAGAGAAACCGAGAUCAAAAUGGAAAUGAAAAGACCUGGUCAAUGAAAUAGCCCAAGCCUUCUUUAGAGACUGGCACUGCUGGGGGAGGAGAACGGAAUGAUAAGGAGAAGAUGGAUGGACGUACAAGUCUCACUCCUUCAAGCUAUGAAGAUGAUCUUCCAACGGAAGGAAAUACAAGGAUUGGGAACUGUUCCUGGAUCUCAAAAUGCUUCUCAAGGCAACCAAACAAUUUUUUCCAAAGUGUGAUCUGUGACCUGUCCUUUGUUCUGGAUAGAGCUAUUGUAUGCUGCUACACGUCAGAAAAACCCCCUCUUCUGUUAAAGCUACAUAAUGAGCAACUAUUUAUUUCAUUUCCAUGUAUGAUACAGGUCCCUUGAAGCAAGCUAUACUGCCUCAAUGAUUAAAUGCGAGAA